CUACCUCAAGAUUUGCUCCCUACAAAGUCGCGAGAGAAAAUGCCACGCGUUCGAAAAACAAGAAGGCAGAGCUGGCCGGUAGAGGAAAUGGCAAAAGCCAUUGAAGAAGUUUUAGCCGGGCGGAUGGGUUAUAUGAAAGCGGCUAAAACCUUCAAUGUGCCACAAUCAACGCUAGAAGAUAGAAUAAAGAAAGCACGCACUCAGAACCUUUCUCCUGCUGAUGCAGCUAUCAAGAAGUUAGGCCGUUAUACCUCCGUAUUUUCGUCUUCCGAAGAGCGGGAGCUUGUGCAGUAUGUUCUGAAACUUGAAGAAAGACUUUUUGGAGUCACUCUGAGGGAUCUUCGCGCACUCGCUUUUGAAUUAGCGGAAAAAAACGACAUGAACCAUCCCUUUAACAAGGAGAAGAAGAUGGCUGGAAAAACCUGGCUUUACGCUUUUCUCAAGAGAAAUAAUUCUCUGUCUCUCCGACGUCCUGAGGCAACAUCUCUGGCUCGAGCCAAGGGGUUCAACAAAACAGCAGUGGGGGCUUUCUUCAAUCUGCUACAGUCUGUCUACGAAGAGCACAAAUUCAAACCGGAAAACAUUUACAACGUCGACGAGACUGGAAUGAUGACAGUGCCAAACAAACAGUCGAAAAUUUUGGCACUUCGCGGAAAGAAGCAAGUUGGAUCACUCUCCUCAGCUGAGCGAGGAACACUGGUGACUGUGGAGACGUGCAUGAAUGCAGUGGGAAACUACAUGCCUGUCAUGUUUGUAUUUCCAAGGAAAAGAGUGAAUGAUGCGCUGAUGAUUGGAGCCCCUCCCGGAUCAACUGCAGAAUAUCACGAAUCUGGAUGGAUCCAAAAGGCCUCGUUCGUGAAGUGGUUUAAGAAGUUCGUCACAUUUGCCAACCCGUCAGCUACCAACCCUGUCCUCCUGCUGUUAGACGGCCACGCAUCCCACACAACGAACCUGGAGCUCAUAAAACUCGCGCGGACUCACCAUGUUACGCUGCUCUGUUUUCCGCCUCACUGUACUCAUCGUCUCCAGCCUCUCGACGUUUCACUGAUGGCACCUCUGAGCACAUAUUACGAGCAAGAGACCAAGAAAUGGCUGAUUCAAAACCCUGGACGUGCCAUCUCAAUCUACCAAGUUGCACAACUGUUUGGAGCUGCAUUUUCGCGAGCCGCAACAAUGCAAACUGCACAGAGCGGCUUCUCGAAAACUGGGAUCUGGCCCUUCAACCCGGAUGUGUUCCCGGACUACCUGUUUGCGCCAUCUGAAACAACAGAGAGAUCGCUACCUGCACCGUCUGUGUCUGCCGUAAACUCAGGACAAGACUCCGGCAUCGACGUUGUAUCACCUGGACCUGCUCGAAUAGCCAAUCCUACAGCCUCUGCACCAGUCAUACCAGAAUCUGCCUCUAUCGCCACUGUGGAGGAGUCGCCCGGAACUAGCACUCCCAAAUCUGGACCUUCGACUUCAUCGACAAAAUUAAGAGUAUCCCCAUUUGACGUUAGACCAAUACCAAAAGCUGGGAAUGAUAGGAUUCAAAAGAUCUCGAAAGCUAGGGGAAAGACAGCUGUCUUGACUACCUCUCCCUACAAACGAGACUUGGAAAAGGAAGAAGAAAAGAAGAAGGGUACUACAAAGAGGAAAUCUGGGGCAAAGACAGCAAGGAUUUUAAAGAAGAAGACUGUGAAUAGCACUCAUGACAGUUCAUCGUCUGAAGAAGAGGAAGAAGAACAUGCGUGCAUUUUUUGCAACGAGUUAUUCUCUGACUCAAAGGACAAAGAAGGCUGGAUCCAAUGUGUCAACUGCAAAGGCUGGGCCCACGAAGCCUGUACAGGACUAGAAGAUAUAGAUGAUAUUUUUAUUUGUGAUUUCUGCCAAUGAAAAAAACAUUCUGAUAGCUGAAAACUAACUUUUCAGUUAUGUGAUCUCUUAUUUUAUUUUUGUUACCUUGAAUUUUUGUUCGGAAUUUAUUUUUAUGCCUUUUUUUGUUACCUACUUGGAGACUGAAUUUUUUUUUAAUUAAACUCAUUUUUAUGACAAAUAAAGUUAAUACUUCCAUUAAACUUAAAACAAAUUCUGUUUUUUUGUAUUUUUCACUAUUUCAUUUCAUGUACCCGGUUUUGUCAGACUUCAAAUUUUCAAGUACCCGAUUUGACAA